AUGGCUCUUAAAGGCUGCUGGACUUGUCGAGAUCGCAAAAUUAAGUGUGAUCGAGCACUCCCGACAUGCGCCAAUUGCCGGUAUAAGGAUGUGCAGUGUCAGGGGUACGGCAUGAGGCUCUCAUGGCCCCGGAGCGGAGAUAAACGGCGAGCUGUUGAGCUUAAAUCGACCGCAAAGCAAAAGAAGCAUAUACUCGCCGCGCUGUAUCAGCACAGUCUUUUUCUCAAUAUGACUAGUUGGGAUGUGGAAAAGUUUUAUGAGUUAUCGGAGGCCAAAUCGAACCAAAUCACUUUUGCCAAAAUGAGCAUUCCGCCGGCCCUUCCUUCUAUCCAUUCUAUGAGGAUACACGAGAGUGAAUCCGGAUUAUUGCAGUACUUUAUAGACACGGGUUCUCGUCUUUUGAUAUUGGAUAACCUGGGCCAAUUGACCGAUUACAUUCUACGACUUGCUUUCUACGACGCUACGCCGGCCUCGAAUGCGAUAUUAUACAGCAUACUGGCAUUGUCGUCUUUAAAUAUAGGCCGAACUGGUGCAGCUAUGGUAUUGAAAAUAAAGGCACUGUCAUAUCUCCAACAGUCAUUGCGCCUAGGGAACUUUGGCCAUCGGACUGCUCAACAUCUCAUGGCUAGUAUGCUCUUGUAUCUUUGCGAGACGUUUCAAAUAUCCAGCACUACUAAAGAUUGGGCCGAAUACCUAUGCGGUGCUAAGCAAAUCAUUGUUUCGGGCGUAUUAGCCCAAGAAGUCCGCGGCGAUAUUUCUCUACUCUUUGACUGGGUUGCUUAUCAUGAGAUCUUUGCUAGGUUUGGCAUAGUGUACUGGAAACCGGAAGCGGCCAUGCGAGGAAUGAGACUGUGUGCAAUGGAUCCUGUGGCUGCACGGAUUUAUGUUCCGCGGAACGAUUUCGGGUGCGAUAGCAAAGUUCUUGAAUACACGUCAGCUAUAUUCUCCGCGCUGAUGCAGAAAAUCGUCGAAUACACCGAUCUUGCCCCUCCACAAAUGCAGGAGCUCUACGUAUUGGAAGCGAAAUUACGAGCUGGUCUUAUGGAGUCCCCUCCAUACGAUGCUCCCUCGACUGCACUCACCCGAAACCGCGACAAGACCACGGAACUGUACCGAAUUGCCGCCUUGAUCUACCUUAACCGAGCGGCACUGGGCUAUUCUGGCGAGGAAUUUCGCCACAAAAAUCUCGUAAACAGAGGACUCAAUAUGCUAUGCGGCGAGUUGACUUAUAUCCCUCCAUGGCCGGUCUUCAUGAUAUCUUGCGAGGCUAGGGACGAUGCUCAGCGGAUGACGGCUUUGGAAAUAUUGAACAGAGCUGGAGAGGAGCCACGGAAUUUCAACAUGAGGUUGUUACGGGAGCUUGUGGAGGCGUGUUGGAAUCAGGAUGACUUGCACGAUGAGGAGCCGAUUGAGUAUCACCUGAAAUUGCGUCUUGCUAUCCAAUCUGCUCCAUAUGUUCCACCAUUUAGCUAG